AUGGGGGACGACCAUGGCGCCAAGCUGGUGAAGAGCCUGCGGGGCGCGGCGCAGAAGUACGUCGGCGUCGGCUUCUUCCUCGGCUUCUUCCUCGUCCUCCUCACCUACUUCACCCUCUCCGAGCAGUUCGCCAUCGCCGCGCCCAACGCUAUCCGAAGGACCUCAGCGGCGCACCCGACGCCGACCGCCCCGGCCGUGGCAGAGAAGACGGUGCAGCAGCAGCAGCAGCUCCCCGUCAAAAAGGAGGAAGCACCUCUGCCGGAGCAUGAACAAGUACAAGAGAAGCCACCGCCUGUCGACGAGGAGCCCCACACAGAAACAGAGGAGCCCCACUCAGAGACAGAGGAGGACCAGAAACCCAUCGCUCCGGCCAAUCAAUCUAAAGAAAGAGCUUUUGGAGCCGGGGACGUGACGGCGGAGGAGAGCGCGCCGGCGAAGAAGCCGGCGUGCGACAUCCAGGGGCCCUGGGCGUCCGACGUCUGCGACCUCGCCGGCGGCAGCGGCGGCGUGCGCAUCCACGGCUCCACGCAUACGGUGCUCGUCCCGCCCACCAUCGAGUCCGGCGGCAGCAACCCCAACCCGCAGGAGUGGCGCGUGCUGCCCUACUCCCGGAAGCACAUGUCCGGCAUCAAGGAGAUCACCGUGCGCGAGCUGCCCACGGCGGCCGACGCGCCCCGCUGCGCCGUCACCUCGCAGGUCCCCGCGCUCGUAUUCGCCAUGGGCGGCCUCACGGGCAACUACUGGCACGACUUCAGCGACGUCAUGAUCCCGCUCUACCUCCAGGCCUCCCGCUACGACGGCGAGGUGCAGCUCGUGGUCACCAACAUCCAGCCAUGGUACGCCGGCAAGUACCGCCACAUCAUCGCCCGCCUCUCGCGGUACGACGUGGUGGACAUGGACAAGGACGACCAGGUGCGCUGCUUCCCGUCCGCCAUCGUCGGCAUCCGCAUGCACAAGGAGUUCAGCAUCGACCCGGCCAAGGAGCCCACGGGCCACUCCAUGCCGGAGUUCACCAAGUUCCUCCGCAACGUCUUCGCGCUCCCGCGCGCCGCGCCCAUGCGGGUCACCGCCGGGCUUAUAAGCGACAAGAAGCCGAGGAUGAUGAUCAUCUCCCGGCGCCACCCGAGGAAGCUGGUGAACGUGGCGGAGGUGGUGGCGCUGGCCAAGCGGAUCGGGUUCGAGGUGGUGAUCGGGGACCCGCCGUUCAACGUGGACGUGGGCGACUUCGCGCGGGAGGUGAACGCCGCCGACGUGCUCAUGGGGGUGCACGGCGCCGGGCUCACCAACUCGCUCUUCCUGCCGACGGGGGCGGUGUUCAUCCAGGUGAACCCGUUCGGCAAGAUGGAGCACAUCGGGGAGGUGGACUUCGGGACGCCGGCGGUGGACAUGGGGCUCAAGUACAUGGCCUACUCAUGCGGCAUGGAGGAGAGCACGCUGGUGGACACGCUGGGGCGCGACCACCCGGCGGUCAAGGACCCGGAGUCGAUCCACCGCAGCGGGUGGAGCAAGGUGGCGGAAUACUACCUCGGCAAGCAGGACGUGAAGCUCGACCUCCAGCGGUUCGAGCCCGUGCUCCUCAAGGCCAUGGCCAUGCUCAGAGAGUAG